AUGAAGUCACCCAUUUUUUCUCGUUGGUCGCAUGACCGCUGCGAGGAGUUCGGAACACUGACCGUGGGAGAACGUCCCACCGCUUUGGGCAUCGCCUGUUUGAAGCUUCCAGCUGAGGUACACCUGGCUCGCCUGGUAGUGCUGGGAUGGACCAUGGACAUGGGCCCCAGUGCUUGCGUGCUGGCCGCUGCCCUAUCUCUGACUCCCAGCUGCGAUGUCUUCCUCACGCCCAUGAAUACACAAGGCGCGCGGGAUGCCGCGAGGUUGCAGCACCAGUGGCUGAGGCAUGUUUUUAAAGAGAGAACCAGCCAUUUUUUUUUACCAACAAGCGAUUUUUUGUUGGCUGCCGAUGACUUGGUAGUCUUAAAAUUUGGAGAAAUAGCACAAUGCUGGUCGUAA